AUGAGGCCGUGUGUGUUAGAUAGAAGGCUAUUUGUGCAUCCGGACAUCUAUUCGUGUGAGGAGAGAUAUAGAAGCCUACACUUGACUUCUUCUGCCUUUGAAGCAUGGAAAAAUCAUCUUCAGGCCAACGGCUUCCUAUACAGAGAUGCUUACUCUUUUCGCCUUUCCAUUUUCCAUCUUGGCGUGCUGCCUUCUGUUGAAAUCGUCAGCUGUGCUAGCAUGCUAUUUUUAUUGCAAAUUCCUUGUGGCUUUUAUUUGCACAAAGAAUCUUACAGCCAUUUUGUCAAUUUUGCCUCUGUUCUUAUCCGACGCAGUUGCAUUGGGCUUAGCGCCAUCAUUUACGCCCUCUAUUUGGCAGCGAAAUUCGGCCACUCAUCAACAUACAAACAGUGCUCCUUUGAUUUAUACUCAUUGCUUUUGGUAUCUUUAAUGGUGUCUUGUAAAUUUUUAAAUGACGCCAUAUUUUCAAAUGCCUUUUGGGCGAGCUACUCGUCCCUUUUCAGCGUUGUCCAAAUUAACGAGUUUGAAAGGGAAUUCCUUGGCCAUAUCCAAUAUGACUUUUGGAGCUUGAACCUCUCCGUGUGGCAUGAGACGCUUUUGAUGUUUUUUGAUGCUGUAAAAUACCUUUUUACCAACCAAAGCCAUCAGCUUUACUACAAAACGUGCCUUGCUGGAAUGGCGCCUCAAGUGGCAACCAAGCCAGCCACAAUUUAUUAA